UGAUCCGAGGAGAAAAGAGAGAUGAGUUCAGGCCUUUGCGGUUGCAGGUCCACCACCACCCCGCGCCGCCCGGCCGGCGCGCUGCAGGUAGGGCAUUAGUUUAAGGGAUUCUCUUCCGCGGCGGCCGGCCGGGUGGCUCUGCCGCGCCACGCCCCGCGCACAUCGCGCUGCGCGGCCCUCUGCCCAGCUCUGCUGCCGCGGCGUGCGUGAAAGAUGGGCCUGUGGGGACGGGCUCCCUCCUUCCCUGCGCUGCGCCAUGAAUGAGUGGUGCGCCUUUUCUUCCUCCCUUCCAUCUGGCGCAGGUGUUCUUGGCUAGCGAGCAGCGCCGGCGCCGGCGGCGAUGGCGAAGGAGACGGAGUACUAUGACGUGCUCGGCGUCUGUCCCGCAGCAUCUGACGACGAGAUCCGCAAGGCCUACUACAUCAAGGCGAGGCAAGUGCAUCCAGACAAGAAUCCCAACGACCCGCAGGCGGCCGAGAAGUUCCAGGCUCUUGGAGAGGCCUACCAGGUUCUGAGUGACCCUCUACAGAGGAAGGCCUAUGAUGGCUACGGUAAGAACAGCGUAUCGAGGGACAACAUACUGGAUGGCACUGUUGUUUUCACCCUCCUUUUUGGGAGCGAGCUGUUCGAGGACUACAUUGGUCAUCUUGCAAUGGCAACAAUGGCCUCCACUGAGAUGACAAGCGACAACGACAACCCCGAAAAGCUUCAAGACAGGCUCAAGAAUGUACAAAGGGAAAGAGAGGAAAAGCUGGCUAGAUUCCUCAAGGAAUUCCUCUCCCAAUAUGUUCGUGGUGACAAAGAAGGAUUUGCUAAUCGUGCAGAAGCUGAGGCGAAGAGGCUCUCCAGCACUUCAUCUGGAUUGGAUAUUCUUCGCACCAUCGGAUAUGUGUAUUCUCGACAAGCAGCAAAGGAGCUUGGCAAGAAGGCCAUGUACCUAGGAGUGCCAUUCGUGGCUGAGUGGGUCAGGAACAAGGGCCACCUAUGGAAGUCACAGAUCACAGCAGCAAAAGGAGCCCUGCAGCUGUUGCAGUUGCAACAGGAGGCCUGCCUGCAGAGUAACAAGGAUGGCAAUGCCACGGAGCAGGAUGUUGACUUUCAGAUGAGGAUGAACAAGGAUCUGAUGAUGAGCUCACUGUGGAAGCUGAAUGUUGUGGACAUCGAAAUGACUCUCCUGCAUGUUUGUGAAAUGGUGCUUUACGAAAACAAUGUCAAGAAAGAAGAUCUGAAGGCCCGAGCAAUGGCCUUGAAAAUUCUUGGGAAGAUAUUUCAGAGGGACAAGGAGGCAUUACCUGGGCCAGGGCCAGGGCCGUCAGGGCCAUCAAAACGAACAGUUCUUGAUGAUGACAGCAGUUCAGAUGACAGUUCAGAUGAUGACAUAGCUCGGACGGUGCCAUAUCGAACUCCUGCAUUUACUCAGGGAAUCGGAAGGCUGUUCGGAUGCUUAUGCAACCCCGCUUAUGAUGUUGACGAUGAUUUUGAGCCCCGCAAAUGAGUUCUGAAGAAGCAGACACCAAUAGAUGUGUUCAAAUGUUCGUGAAUUUUUUCUCAAGUAUAUGAUUCAGAGCCAUGUGAGUCCAUAUCAUUCAUCGCCAUCCUUUAUCUUAAGGAUACACACGUAGAUGCUACUUCAGCUCUGGUGAGCACAAUGACAUUUCAGAUUUCAAGGUUCCCUUUCUCUCUCCCAAGAACAGUAGCACUUCUAUUUCCCCCUUUUUUUGAAAUAGAUUCAGCUGGGUUGUGUUGUGCCUAUGUAAUUUGUUGUUAUCGAUGUUGUCGGAAAAAAAAGGAAAAGAACAAGAUUAUGUAAAAAUCCAUUUUCUGAUCCUAAAGUGAUAUGGUAAAUUCAGGUAUGUUAACAAUUAUUUAA